AUCUUACAAUCUCAUAAAAGAAUAUGUAAAAAUGACAUGACUAACCACAAACGCUAUCGCGUGCAAUAUGUUUUAUACACCAACUAAUGUUACUGCAUUGUAAAUGGGUUAAUGCGGACUGCAUCCUUGGCUCAAUACGUCAACUUCACAUAAGUUUCGCUCAAGAAAAUGUACGUUCCCGUUUAUGCACUGUUAAACAUGCGGAAUCGAUUCGUUUACGCCAUAAAACAAUUAUGCAGUUUCUCUCCAGAGUUCGACGCAAUGCAUAUUUCUUAAAAGCGAUUCACAAGAUAUUCCGCAACGUGUGUGUUAUGUACUCUUAUAUGUAUUUAAUAUAUCUUUAUUAUUUUCACAAUGAGAUGCGAGAUACUUUGUACCCAGCAUGAUUCACAGCUUAUGAACAGAAACCGAUAAUAGCAUUUUACUCAGGAUUUUCGUCAACUUGUCUUAAAUAGAAUUUCAAUUUCUUUUAUUUGCAUGCAAUCUCUUUUGUAAGUACAAAUAAAUUAAUAAUUGCAACGCCAGAUGUUGUAAAAGUUUUUAGCAAUUUAUGUAAAUAGAAUUACUAAAAUUAAAGAAGCUCAUUUCGCUGAUAAGCAGAGAUUCAUAUGGAUUUAAUUGUAACUGCCUGACAACAGCUAACAUCCUGUCGGAUUCUGAUAGCACGCUACUCUCAUAACUCAAAGAGGAGAAGAAGCUUCAGUAUAAGUUGCGGCGCAAUAUACUUUGCAACACGCUUUAUCCACACGCUGAUCAGUCGUUCUCAUUUGGAUCUCUCUUCAAAUGUAUAUGUUUAAAUAUAUUCGGCAAUUAUGAAACUUUUGUACGUUAUACUUAUUCUUGUCGUUCUACAAGGCGAAUUGGUUACUAAAGUGGAAUUGCUUAUUGUAACGUCAAAUGAUUAUUCUACGGGAAAUUGUAGUAAACUCAUUAGUUUUAUGGAAACAUCUGAAGUUCCAUACUUGGAAACGUAUAAGGAAAAAACGUGGGGUAUCUUUUAUAAAACCCGCGUUCGAUGGAAUUAUAAAAUUGAGUCUCGCAGAUCAUGGCGCUUAGAAUACGAGUGUUGUGAUGGAUUUGAACGUAAAUACAUUUGGGAAUACACUUCGAAAUUAAGUUUAAAUGCAAAAUGUGAACCAGUUUGUCAGCCUCCUUGCGGAAAUGGUACAUGCACGAAGCCGAACUUGUGCAUCUGCAAUGAUGGAUACAUUUUUACGCACUCUGAAACUCUAAAGUCUGAUGUCGGCUGUGUUCCUUUAUGUACUUCCCCUUGUGUAUACGGCAAAUGUGUCUUACCCGACACUUGCAUGUGCAAUUCUGGAUACAAACUGACAAACGAUCAUUACAUCUGCGAACCUAUUUGCAAUGUACCGUGUCCUACAGGAUCAUAUUGCUAUAAACCCGACCAAUGUCUCUGUCUGAACGGAUAUAAAAACAUUUCCGGUGAUGUCAAAUUAACUAAUAUGUGCGAGCCUAUUUGUGAAAGAGAGUGUGUCCACGGUAAGUGCACAGCCCCCAAUAUCUGCACUUGCGAUGACGGUUAUGUGCCUGAUACACACGAUUUAUUUACCUGCAAGCCUACGUGCGAACAUGGUUGUCUGUAUGGCAAGUGCACCGCUCCCAAUGUGUGUACCUGUAACGAGGGUUACUCAUUAAACACCUCGAGUGUCUGCGAACCAAUCUGCAGUGUAGCUUGCGUUAUGGGCACUUGCGUGGCUCCCGAAAGUUGUAGCUGCUUCGCGGGCUACGGACUGCUUGAAAAUUCAAAGUAUAUCUGCGAGCCAGUCUGUGAAAAGGCUUGCCUCAAUGGACGAUGCACUGCGCCUGGCGUAUGCAUGUGCAACGAAGGAUUCCAAUUAAGUGGCGACGAGACAGAAGAGCACAUUUGUAAGCCUUAUUGCGAAACUUCUUGCGAACCGUUCGGCGUGUGCAGCGCGCCAGAUGUUUGCUCCUGUUAUGAAGGAUAUCGCUUGGCUAAUAAGACGCAAAUUGAGAAAAUCAAUUUGUUACAUUUUGCCAGCAGCUCGGUUUGCGAGCCGAUCUGCGAGACGGAAUGCAUAAAUGGAUUCUGUAGCGCUCCGUGGACGUGUAGUUGCAACAUCGGCUAUCAGAGUUCGAUAAGUCCCUACGUCUGCCAACCUAUAUGUAGCCAAAAAUGCAUCAACGGUUUCUGUAUCGCACCUGACACUUGCAUGUGCGAUUCGGGCUAUCGUCGUUCCAAUUCUUGGAAUGAAUGCGAGCCGAUCUGCGAGACUGAUUGCAUCAAUGGAUAUUGCAUUGCGCCAAACGAAUGCACCUGCAAUUCCGGCUACCAACCUACCGAAGGCAAUCGUACGAGCCUUUGCGAACCUAUUUGCAAUCCGAGUUGCAAGAACGGUAUCUGCGUACAACCCGACGUAUGCAGCUGCAAUCCGGGCUAUCGUCUGUCGAUGAAUUCUAAGACAGUGUGCGACCCUAUCUGUCACUCGGCUUGCAGAACAAAUGGAAUUUGCGAGGCACCCGAUCUCUGCGUCUGCAAGGAUGGUUAUCGCAUGGUUUAUUACGACGGGAAAAACGUUCCGUUCAGAUGUGAGCCGAUUUGUAGCGUUGAAUGUGGCAAUGGCACAUGUACGACGCCGGAUCUCUGCGUGUGUUUCGACGGGUAUCGAAACGCGGAAAUUGGCGGAUGCGAGCCUGUCUGCUCGACUUGUAACAAUGGUACGUGUGUUGCGCCCGAGGUUUGCGAAUGCGACGACGGAUUUGUUCCUGCGGAUCCGAAUCUCGGAUUUGGAGUAAAAGACUCUCGAUCUUCGAUUGUCCCCGAAAAUAGAACGAAAAAUGGAAGUAGAUGCCUGCCGCAUUGCGAGGAUUGCGAUAACGGCGAGUGCGAGGCACCAGGAGAGUGUCGAUGUUAUGUUGGUUUCGUGAAGGUCGAAGGCACCUGCGUACACGCGUGUCAGAGUGGUUGCGGUACUCAUGGCGAGUGCGUCGAGGAACGCAGGACUUGCGAAUGUGAUUACGGAUGGACCGGAUUACACUGCGAUCGCCCAACAUUGUGUGUCUUGAUCUUGAAGGAUGGAGAUAAUCGAACUGAGCAAUUAAGAAUUAUGAAAGAAAAAAAUUCUACGAUUGAGCAUAUACUUAAAAAUAACCCAACUUGUUCCGAAUGCAUUGGUAAAAUAAACAAUGAAACAUUGUGUUUUAAGAUGUUUGGUAAUGAUACAGAAGAUGAGGCGGAAAUUGGUUGCUUAAUGAAAGAAGGUUUUCAGAAAAUACCAAUUUACAUUCCCUAUAAGGAAACAUAUAGAUCGUCAGAACAUAAUAUGUCUGAAAAGACUCGAGAUAAUUUCAGGAUGGAGUUUCGCACCACAUGGGUGUGUGGCUGUGAAGGCUACGUUGUAUCCGGUAAGGACCGGUGCGUACCGCGUUGCCCGCAAUCUUGCGAGAAAGGUACUUGCAAGGAGCCAGACGUGUGCACCUGCAACAAAGGAUACCGCUUGUCAAAUGACAGCAAGCAGUGCGUGCCAGAGUGCACGAAUGGCUGCAUUAACGGAACCUGCGUUGAUCCCGAGGUUUGCAGUUGCAACGAGGGUUACUGGUUGGACUCGGACGGAUUUACCUGCAAGCCCAUCUGCAACGCAGAAUGUGAGCAAAAUCACGGAUAUUGUCCCGAGCCGAACGUGUGCAUUUGCAACAAAGGGUACCGCAUGUCAAACGACAGUAAAUGUGUGCCGGAGUGCAAAAACGGUUGCAUCAACGGCACUUGUGUCGUACCCGAGGUUUGCAGAUGCAACAAGGGCUACUGGUUGGACUCGAACGGAUUUACUUGUCGACCCUUCUGCAAUGAAGAAUGCGAGACAAAUCACGGAUAUUGCUCCGAGCCGAACGUGUGUACGUGCAGUUCCGGUUACAGAAGAGUCGGUAACAAUUCAUCUCCGUUCAUGUGCGAACCUGUGUGCAAUUCCCAUUGCGAGGACAUAAAAGGCCAUUGCAUAGCCCCCGAUUCGUGCGUCAGUAGGUGCGAUCCCGGCUACGAACCGGAGAACCACUUUCCUUAUCGCUGCAAGCCGAAGUGCCAUCCUUGCAUUUUCGGGACGUGCACGGCGCCAGGGACAUGCACGUGCGACCAUGGUUAUAGAACAGUGAACGCAGGUGUUUGCGAACCGAUCUGCGAGGACUGCGGAACCGGCACAUGCACCGAACCCGGAUUUUGCACUUGUGAUCUUGGAUACGUUUUUGAUGAAACAAGUAGAACGUGCAAGCCGCACUGCUCGACACCUUGCGCACCAAACAAAGAAUGCGUAGCGCCAAAUGAAUGCCAGUGCUCCAAAGGAUAUUUCCCAUUACUCGGUUUAAGUCGUUCAAGGUUUUGGGAUAUUUACGAUCUUGUUCCAAGAAGACGGUUUGGCGACAGAAUGGCAAGUAUAGCUAUACAAUUUCCCUGUUUACCAAUUUGCAAGUUCAAAUGCAUCAAUGGUAGAUGCACCGCACCAAACGUAUGCACCUGCGACAGGGAUUUUUAUCCACAGUGGAUCGACAAUCAUCCUCUUCUACGUAACAAUUCGCUUUUACCGCGCAUUUGUAAUCGUCUCCCAGGACCUCGCUGUAACGAGUCCUCGUGCGGGGUUAAGGGAACAUGCCACAAGUCCGGCAUUUGUAUUUGCAAUGACGGUUACGUGAGGGACACGAACGGUGUUUGUGUACCCUUCUGCGCCCCAGCGUGCUCCAACAGCACGUGUACGAUGCCAAAUCACUGCGAGUGCCACGACGGCUUCGCGUUUCGAAAUGAGAGCCUCUGCGAGCCGAUUUGCGAAAGAGGCUGCAAGAACGGCGAUUGCAUAGGCCCAAAUGAAUGCAUUUGUCACGACGAUUUCGUACCGAACUUGAACCAUCACUUAGGACCGGAAUGCAUCCCCGAAUGUACUCGCAACUGUAGCGAACACGGCAACUGUGUCGUCGACCGCAUUGAUAAUAUUGACGUCAUCUACAAAUGCACAUGUCACCACGGAUGGACGGGACAGGACUGUGAUCAACCGACCAUGUGCAUGAUGGUGAUACCUGACGAUUACGAAGAUCUCAACAGUAUCACGAUUCACAAUGAUAGUACAAUCGAUAUACAAUCCUUCGAGGACAUGCCGUAUUGUGAAUGCGACAAGUCUAUUGACAACGAAACAUUUUGCUUUAUGCAGUAUAAAGGCAAUACGUCAUUUACCAGCUGCUUGUUUAAUAAAGAUUUGCCUUGUUAUACAACGUCUCAUUAUAAUGCCUCCAUUAACGGUGCCAAAAUAGUUUGGUCUUUCGUGACAGUCACUAUAUUAGUAGCCACAGGUUUAAUAGCAGCAGCAUAUUUUAUAUAUCGCAAACGCCAAAAGGAGAAAUUCGCUUCAGGUCCGUCAGUACACGUCUUCGUGCGAGAAUCUUUCAGCACCGAGAUUUUGUUACAGUGAGAUCUAACUUUGAAGGAGA